GGCCUGGAACAGCGGUGAUGUCACAGAGGCCGGGCCUCUGGAACCCCGGGGCCUUCCGGCAGUGACACCGCCAGCCGGGACGAUGCCAGCCCCGAGGCCGGGCUUCCGAGGUGCCAUGCGGGUGCCAUCGUCCGUGCCUCGCCGCCUCUGAGCCCCAGAGCCCUCGCCCACACCCGCCCUGGCCGCGGGGCCUUGGCACACCCCGAGAUGCCCAGAGGCCGCCCGAGCGGGGUCCCCGGGGCGCUGCGGGCCUGCCUGGCGCUGGCCCUGCUGCUGGCGGCGCCCUCGCGGGCCCUGGUGCGCGCCGUGCUGGGCGGGAACUGCAGCAGCUCGGUGCUGGACUCGGUGGUGGCGGACUCGGUGCUGGACUCGGUGGUGGACUUCGCCGACCUGCCCGCGCUCUUCGGGGCGCCCGUGUCCCCCCGCGGCCUGCGCGGCUACCUGAGCGAGGCGCGGCCGGCCAGCGCCUGCCAGCCCAUCCGCGGCCCGCGGCCCCGCGCCAACGGCUCUCUGGGCGCCAUCGCCCUCAUCCGCCGCUACGGCUGCGCCUUCGACCUCAAGGUGCUGCACGCGCAGCGCGCGGGCUUCGGGGCCGCCGUGGUGCACAACGUGGGCUCCGAGCAGCUGGUGCGCAUGGCGCCCGCCUCCCCGCGCCGCCGCCGCCGCAUCGCCAUCCCCGCAGUCUUCGUGGGCGAGGCUGCCUCGCGGGACCUGCGCGAACUCCUACGCUGCCAGCGCGCGCCCACCGUGGCGCUGCUGCCCGGGGCGCCCGCCUGCCCCGCGGCCCCCUGCGGGCCCGCGCUGCUGGCCGCCGCCUGGACGCUGGGCCACGGCCUGGCCUCGCUGGCGCUGGCCGCGCUGCUGCUGCGCCAUCUGGGGCUGCGGGCGCGCGGGUGGUGGCGCCGGGCGGCGGCCGCCUCCUCGGCCCGCACGCAGACUCGGCGGAAGGCGCGGGUCCGGGUGUACACGCGGCGCCGCGAGCUGUGCGCCAUCUGCCUGGAGCAGUUCGAGGAGGGCGACGAGCUGAAGAUCCUGCCCUGCGCGCACGCCUACCACUGCGGCUGCAUCGACCCCUGGCUGGCCCGGGCGCUCGGCCGCUCCUGCCCGCUGUGCAAACGUCCUGUGGCCACCUCCGAGGACGGCUCCGACUCCGCCGCCGAGAGCCUGGGCGACGACGGCCCGCGGACCCCGGUCUGGGCCGUCCAAUCCCGGCUGAGGCCCCGAGCGCCCAGGCUGCUGACCGGGGCCCCCCUGCGCCCCCGCUGCAGCGCCACGGCCCUCGGGGUCCCGUCCGGCACCCCCGGAGCCUCCUGACGGACCCCGGGGUGGGGGGGUGCGGACCUGAGGAAAGCUUCUAGAAUAAAGUGGGUUUCACCCUG